GCUCCGGGCAGCGAUAACGGGGAGCGCCGGGUCCGCUGUCACAGCGCGAUGGGAGGGCUGCGAGACUGCAUCGCCAGCUCGUUGCCUUCUUGAAAAACGGCACUGAUCCAUGCUCCGAGCAACAAGCUGCCAGUGCCAGGAUCUAUCUGCUGUUCUUUUUCUCUUCCAUUGGACCGCCAACGCUUUUUCGAUUUAGUGACAAGCUGGGUGUGAUCGUCACGAACAAAGUGUGGGUUUGAUGGCUGCGAUAUCAGCCUUUACUCCUACAAACCGAUCCUAAGAAAUAAGGGAGGGAAAAGUCUGCUUGUGUAAUCUUUUUAAAAAGGGGAAGAGCGCUGUUGUGUUGGGUUUGUUUUUUCUUUUUUUGUCUUCAUCUGUUUGGAUUUCUUUUUAAACUUAUGAAAAAUGGCAACAGCAGCAUAUGUGGAUCAUUUUGCAGCAGAGUGCCUUGUUUCUAUGUCAAGUCGUGCUGUUAUCCAUAGUCCUAAAGGGGAGCCUGAUCCCCAACCUGAUGCAGCAAUAUUUCCUUCAUCCAAUGAAGAAGAUAGACGGGAAAUCAGAGAAACUGGGAAAGACAAUGGAUCAUCAUUACUUGUGGUAGCUAGCAUUUUAGCAGAUCUGAACCAGCAUGUCCCAAACUCACCUGCUCUAAGGACGGAAAAAACAGAGACGCUUGAUGUAACAGAACAAAUACACAUUUCUAUUGCUCCUGAGGAGUUUGGGGAAGAAAGUCUGUCUUCAGCUGGUAAGAGCAGAGGAGAAAGAGCAGCCACACCUACUAGCCUGGCUGCAGUAACUGAACCAAGCCCCAGACAAAAGAACAAACGCAUAAGAAGCUGGACUGACCCUGGAUCACCCCAGAAAAAGCACAAAUGCCACUAUGUGGGGUGUGAAAAAGUUUAUGGCAAAUCUUCCCAUCUUAAAGCUCAUCUAAGGACCCAUACAGGUGAGCGGCCUUUUGAAUGCAGCUGGCAGGGCUGUAACAAGAAGUUCGCUCGCUCGGAUGAGCUGGCCCGGCACUACCGCACUCACACCGGGGAGAAGAAGUUCAGCUGCCCGCUGUGUGAGAAACGCUUCAUGCGCAGCGACCACCUGACCAAGCACGCCCGGCGUCACGCCAACUUCCACCCCAGCAUGCUGAAGAGGCGGAGCGGCAGCGGCUCCAGGACAGGCUCUGUCAGUGACUACAGCCGCUCGGACGCCUCCAGUCCCACGAUCAGCCCCGCCAGCUCCCCGUAGCCUACCUGCACUGGAUGUCAGCACUUUGCCUCUAAUACCUAACGUGGAGUUUUGUUGGUGUUGCACACAUUUUAAAAACUCUGUUGCUUCCCCUCCUUCAGUUCCUGCCCUCUCUUUUUUAAAAAUCAGUAAAUAGCUGCCUCCCACUGCAAUUUUUAGUCAGAUUUUCUUUACCCAACCAUACAAGUGGCUAUUCUAACCUCAUGGACAGACAAACUUACAUGUUACACAUAGCGACUCCUGCUGUCUCCAUAUUUCAUAUAUUUUGCAACCAUAUAUGGAUCCUCUUCAUUAUUCUUUAUAAGAAAAUGAAAAAAAAAAUCUAAAAAAAAGGAAAAAAUCUGCUUAAUUCACCUCAGGUGUUGAAGUAGUUUGUAAAACUGGAUUGCACAAUAUGAGCAUACAUACACUUAAAAAUCAACUGUGUUGGAUUUAUGUCCCCCUUCUCCUUUCUCAGGGAUGGAUAUUUAUGUUACACAAUAAUUACAAUGAAGACACACCCUAACCACAGCCUUACUCUGUAAAUAUAAUUGCACUCAGAAGCUUUUUGUUAGGUUCUUUCACACACUGGGGAAAAAAUAAAAAACAAACAAACAAUACAGAAACCAGCGUAAUACUGGAAUGUAGUACUGGACUCUUCCAUUGCUCAUUUUCCUGAUUAUAUACCUGUGUUGGGGAACCUCCAGACAGGAAUCUUGUCUUUCUUCAAGCUGCCCUCUGCCUAUGGUAGCAAGUUGUCUUCUCACUUCUGCUGAAGAUGCUCCAAAGCCAACUUCCAAUUGCAAAAAUCUCUGUGACAUUGAUAAACUUGUUUGUUGGUUUAUUUCAUGCUAGAUAAAAUUCUGAGAAAAAUUUCUCAACAAGAUGCCUUAAAUGAGUAACCUAAAUCACAAAGAAAUAAAUUUACACUGGGUAACGUUUUAUGGCAAGGUGGCUGGAAUCUUGGAGGCAUUCUAUUGUCAACUCUCUCCAAGCUGUUAAGCUGUCUGCACUGCCUGUUCAGUAUGGGACCAACAGAAUAUUCAAUCAAACCACACUGACUUGAACAAUUUUCUUUAUUUCUUCUUCCUUUGUUUUGUUUUGUUUUUUAAUUAACUACGGAAAUAGCAUUACUGAACCAAUGCCCACCAAAACUGUUAUCAAGGUACUUACCUACUGUACAGCUGUAUCUUAGAAGGAAAAAUAGGCCAAGACAUAGUUUCUGUAUUCUGUUGCAUCAAAAUUGUGGUUGUUAAUAGAAGGAAGUGAAAAUCAUAAGGUAUCUUCUGACUGGAAUAAUAAAAUAUGCAUUUUUAAGUUUAAAAUAAAAUUACAUUAUAGCUCAUCACUACUUCAAGUUUCUCAAAAAUACACAUACCAGCAUAAAGCAAGGUGCUCUUAUUUCUGCUUAAUAACAGAAAGAGAAUAUUGGCUAGUUUUCAAUAACUUUCAAAUAUCUAACACUAGAUAGAGCACAAGGAUUUUCAUGUUUUAUGUGGUAGAAAAUAUAGUAACAGGCCAGAAACAUAGUGAUGUACUGAAAACCUCACUGGCAGCAAAUACACAUUCCUUGGUUUGUCUGGGUCUGAUGGUGCAUAUUAUCAAUUCAGGUCCUUUUGAUUCUGGAAUUUUGGGA